CAACCCUAUGAAACACACAUCGAUUAACACGGUCGAAAAUUGUUUUAUGUUUAAUUAAAGACAGCUCUGAUAAUGCAAGUUAUAUUUUGUGGUGUUGUGAGCCUCAAGUGAAAUCCAGCACCCAAACCCCGUUUUCCAGACAGGACUUCGUCCUCUGUGGACGCCUAACCAAUUGCCCAGCCGCUGAAAAAGAGCCAGAUACCCAGUAUUUCGUCAGGGUCUCAGUGCAUCGAAGAAAAAAAUAGAAUUCUGGACCAGUUGCAACAAUUGCCAGCAUGACGACCAAGCACACAUAUUCUACCACUAACUUCUCGGACCAGCAACUGAAGGAGCAAGGCAACUGCCUGUUUGCAGCUCGGAAAUAUGAAGACGCAAUAAACUGCUACUCAAAGGCCAUCAUAAAGAACCCCACAAAUGCUACCUACUUCACCAACCGAGCCUUGUGCCACCUGAAACUGAAGCGUUGGGAGCUGUGCUGCCAGGACUGUCGGCGCGCCUUGGACAUCGAUGCAAACCUGUUGAAGGGGCACUUCUUCCUAGGUCAAGGACUCAUGGAAAUCGACAGUUUUGACGAGGCCAUCAAGCACCUGCAACGCGCUUAUGAUCUGUCAAAAGAACAGAAACAAAACUUUGGCGACGACAUUACAUUGCAGUUGCGAUUGGCACGCAAAAAGCGCUGGAAUGUCUUGGAGGAGAAGCGGAUACAUCAGGAAAUUGAACUGCAAAGUUAUUUGAACAGAUUAAUAAAAGCUGACAUGGAAAAUCGUUUGGCACAGUUAAAACUAAAUGAAAGCGUGCAUGAAGAGCAGCUUAAAGAUAAACAACAAGAAAUCGAGCAAGAAUGUGACGACCACGUUCAGGAACUAAACAAUAUCUUUUCAAAAGUUGACGAACGUCGAAGGAAACGCGACGUUCCGGACUUUCUAUGUGGCAAAAUAAGCUUUGAGAUAUUAACGGAUCCUGUGAUAACUCCAUCUGGAAUUACCUACGAGCGUAAGGAUAUUGAAGAGCAUUUACAGCGGGUUGGCCAUUUUGAUCCAGUUACGCGCGUCAAGCUCACCCAGGAUCAAUUAAUACCAAAUUUUUCAAUGAAGGAAGUUGUUGACUCUUUUAUCGCGGAGAACGAAUGGUCCUUAGACUACUAAGUAUGAAAUGACGACAUGAAAAUAGAAGCCCUAUCAUUGUAAUUGAUUUAGCUGUUAGAACCCAGUUCCCAUUGUCUAAAAACAUAAUAAUUAGUGAUAAUAAAAGCGGAUAUGCCACUGGUUGA